GUUACGUAAAUCUUUUGAAGUGUUGCCUGAAAUAGUGUUUCAUAUGUAAAAUUGUGUUGCAUAUAGAGUAUACUUAUGCGGCACAUUUUUGUUGUUGCGAAACGUGCCAAAAGUGUUAUCUAUUAGUUUAUACAACACUACCUAUAGAGGACACUAGUAAAAAUGUUACGUAUUGCAUACGCAACAUUUUCGGUACCUUUUGCAACACAUUUCAAGUGUUGCCAAAUGCCAGUACAAUGUUUUCCACUUUCGGCACCUUAUAGCAUUAAUAUUGGUGAACACUAAACAAGUGGUCGAUUUUCAAGUGUGAACAAGUCCGAUGAAGACCGGACCCUACUCAGAGCACACCACCAUGAUUAUAUGAUCAACUUCCCAUUUCCUUAUUCGAAAUUCGAAAACACACAAAUAUAUUGUUUUCUUUUCCGGGUUGGGCUCACGUGAGUCACGUGGAUGGACCAGUCUAAUUUGUUUGCUCUAGGAUUAGCAUCAGACCAAUCAGACUCAGUCCAAACCCCUGUUGUUGUUGUUGUUAUUAUUAUUAUUAUUAUUAUUAAAUUAGUAUUGUAAACACGUAGAAUCCCAAUACUAGCAUAUUAUUUAAAUAUUAAGUUUAUCUUAUAUUUCAGUGGAUGGAUAUAUGACCACUAUAAUCAAGUGGAUCCCAAAAUUGCCCUAUUUUGUGGACCGCUACAAUCUAGAAUUAAGGUGAUGGAUGUCCUUAAGGGUAAACUUAAUCAUGAUCCGGAGCAUGACUGCAUGAGGUUAAACAAAAGGGUAAUGAACAUGAUGUGUAUGUAAUGUAUACAAUGCAGUGAAAAUGUAGUUUUUACGUAGAAGUAAAUGUCGGAGAGAAAAAAAUAUACUGGAUUCGUAAAUGAAUAAUCAAAUUAUAGAAAUUUAAAUAUUAGAAUACAUAAAAUAUUAAAAUUGUUUAAAAUCUUCCCAUCACUUCCUUGAAAUAUAAAAUGAUAUAGAGUUUAUGUAGUUAUCUCUAUUCUAAGGGGUCGUUUGGUUGUUGGAUUUGAAAAAUGAGGGUUUUGGCCAAUAAAAACCUUGGGAUUUAUGUUGCAUUUAUUGGAUUAUGGAUUUGAAAAGUCUAAUGUUUGCAUGAUAGAUUUGAUGAUGAAUUUGUGAUGAAUUUGUUAAAUAAAUAACUAACCAUCAAGGAUUUGCAAAUCCCAAAUCAAUAUGUGGGAUUUACAAGUCCGUGGGGUCCACGGAUUUGGUUCCAAAAUAAAGAUCAAAUUCGUGGACCCCACGGAUUUAGCACCCUUCAUCAAACAAUGUACUUAUGUAUAAAUUGAUUUGAGGAUCUCUUAAACUAAUAGAAUACAUAGAUUAAUAGAUUAAUAAGAAUACGCUCUUAACCAGCCUGGCAACCAAUACCAAUAAAGCUACUUGUACUCCCAACUUGUAUAUAUGGAGCUCCCUCCUCUGUUCUUAACCUACAAGUACAACCCAACCAAAAAAAAAAAGGAGAACAGUAAUAAAUAAAAAAAACAGUUCCUAUUUGCUGGUUGCCAAUCACCAUGGCGGCAUGGCCCGACUCACCACCACAUAUCCUACAACAUUUACAUUUCUCUUCCUCUCUCUACUUCUUUCCUCCGCCGCCACCGCCGUCGACCCAUGCUCUUCUUCCACAUCCACCGACGACCCGACCCGGAUCUCUGUGAUCCCCAUCUACAGCAAAUGCUGCCCCGUCUCCUCUCCUGCUCCUCCUCCCCCUCACCCUUCCUCCCUCCUCGACACCGUCAACCACCUCGCCGCCAGAGACCAUGCCCGCGUCUCCUCCCUCAUCUCCCCCACCGCCGCCGCCGACGUCCCCAUCGCCCCCGGCAAGCAGCUAUUCAACAUCGGCAACUACGUGGUCCGGGUCACGCUCGGCAACCCGAACCGGACAUUCGCCAUGGUCCUCGACAUCAGCAACGACCUCACCUUCGUCCCCUGCACUCCUUGCUCCGGUGAAGGCUGCUCCGCCGCCGAUCCACCACUCGCCUUCUUCGACCCCAACGCCUCCUCUUAUUGGGCCUAUGACUGCCCGAGCGAGCUUUGCUCCCACGUCCCCGGCGGCUCCUCCUGCCCCGCCGGCAAGUGUCUCUACAAUCAGUCCUACGGCGGCGACUCCCACUUUUCCGCUACUUUAGGCACCGACUUUUUGUUCCUCGGCGGCUACUACAUCUCCGGUUUCGCCUUCGGGUGCGUCCACUCCAUUUCCGGUGGGUCCAUCCCGGCCCAGGGACUUUUGGGCCUGGGUCGUGGGCCUCUCUCACUCCUUGUCCAGACUGACCAGCUCUAUUCCGGUGUUUUCUCCUACUGCCUGCCCAGCUUCAACUCUUACUACUUUUCCGGCACGCUCAAGUUGGGCCCAAUAGGCCAGCCCAAAUUCAUCCCGACCACUCCGCUUCUCAAGAACCCACACCGUCCCUCCCUGUACUACGUCAACAUGACGGGAGUCAGCGUCGGUUCGGUCAAAGUCCCAAUUCCCUCUAAAUCGCUGGGGUUCAACCCGAAGAACGGGGCCGGUACGAUCAUCGACUCGGGCACGGUGAUAACCCGGUUCGUUGGGCCGGUUUAUGCGGCGAUACGCAAGGAGUUCAGGAAGCAGGUGAAGGGGCCGUUCUCGAGCCUGGGAGCGUUCGACACGUGUUUCGCGGCGAAUGAGGAUGCUGGGGCGCCGGUGAUUACGCUCCAUUUUCAGGGGCUGGAUUUGGUGCUGCCGAUGGAGAACAGCCUGAUCCACAGCAGCUCCGGCCCGCUGGCCUGCCUGGCGAUGGCGGCGGUGCCAAAGAAUGUGAACUCGGUGCUCAACGUUAUAGCCAAUCUGCAGCAGCAGAACAUCCGGGUCUUGUUUGAUGAGAAGAAAUCCGUGGUUGGAAUUGCUCGUGAACUCUGCAACUAGCUAGUAGAAUAACAAGCUGCUCUAGUUUUCUUUUUUCCCCCUUCCUUGGGGUACUAUUGUUUUUUUGGGAUUUGUUGAAUGCAAAGUCGAAAGACUGCCAAGUUUCAAAAUCAGAGCUCUAAUCAACCAUCUUGUAUCCCUCCCAACAUUACUUGUUAAAUCCCCAAAUCCCUGCAAAUGCAAGAGCAGAGCCCCAAAUAAUGGUCUGGAACAAGUUAUAAUUAAGUUUUGCAACUAUCAGAAGGGAAAAAGAAAAAAAACACACUUUUUUUUUCUUUUUCGCAAAGUCAAUGUUGAAAGAAAGUCAUAAGGAGGAAGAAAGAAAAGAGAGAGAGUCGACCAAUAGUCGAACUCUCAAUGAAAGAGCCUUUUGUGCCACAUGAUGGGCAGGCCUAUUGAGUUAACAGGACACAAAACAGUAAGAGAUACUGCUAAACGAUGAAGCCAAGCUCUUAGCAUCCGCCAAAAUAGCACCUCCCCGAUCAUGAUGCAAAUCACCUCCAACCAUCCGCCGGAUUAAAAGUUGAGAGUCCCCAUGCAAAAAAACAGCAAGAAAAGAAUGGGUUAGACACCACUGCAAAGCAUCACACAAGGCUAAACAUUCCAUAAUAAAUGGAUCUUGAAUUCCAUCAUAAUAUUUGCCAAAUGCAAAGAGCACAGUACCUGUCUCAUGGAAACCUACGAAACCCAUACUACCUCCUUGGCUACGCUUGGCCUCCCCAUCAAACCAAACAUUAAUAAUGGGAGAAAUUCCAGAGGUCAGGGAUGGCCCAACACGAGCUGAUGCGGCGGGGAGAUGAGUAGUCCUACGAUGAGACUGAGGUGGAUCGAGGUGCCUGAGUAGCCUCCCUCCACUCGUCCACUUGGCGUCGAUACUGCCGAAAUAAUGCAUGAGGGAGAUACUGAAUGUGAUCGUGAAACGCCCAACAACAUCCCUUCCAAAUUCUCCAAAGAAUGAAAACAAUGUUAGCAAGUUCGAGUUUGGACAAGUUAAUGGAGAAGAAAAGAUGUGGCCAGGCCUCAUCAGAAGGCAUUCCACCAAGAAUGGUACUCAGGCUUUCAAGGUUAGCCAAACUCCAAAAGCCUCGAGCUAUCCUGCAAGAAAAGAAAAAGAGGGAAAAGGAUUCUGGUUCCCCAGAACAAAUAGGACAAAUAGUAUAAGUAACAAGCGUUUUAGUGAACAACACUAUCUAUAGAGCAAAGAAACCACGAACGGCCCGGCAAAGGAAGAACUUCAAUUUGGGUGGCACAGAAAAAAAAACACAUUGCUUACUUUGAACUCGGCACAUUAUUGUAAAAAAAAAAAACUCAGCACAUUCAAGCAAUUUAGGAGGAUAUAAACGGCGAAAAAAUCAGAUGUACCGAGGUCUGCCCUAAUCUGCACAUAUGAUGAAAUUUAAGUUUUUGGGUAAAUUGUAAGUUUGGCCAUAGGGUUUAUCAAAAUGUUUUACAUUUGGUGACUAAAAUUAGUUCAAUCAUUUAAUUGAGUUUUGUUACUCUCCGUCCAAAUUCGUUAACUUUAGUUGAUGUGACAGUCAACUUUCGUAGUUGACCGUUCAAUAAGUGACGUAACAAUUAAACAAAACAAAACAAAAACGGGGAAAAAAUUAUUGUAAUUAACACUAAAUUAGAAUUAGAUAUUCGACACACAUAAUUAUCAAAGUAAAUGAACAUAAUGCAGUAACAACUAGAUUGACCAGCAAGACAUAGGUGGAUAUGUUGUAAUCAUAAGUUUUUAGGCAAUUCCGUGUAGGAAAAGAAAUAAUAUUUCGCAAA